GCACAUCAAUCUCAUCUUGGGCACCACCACUCGAGUCUCUAGAGCAGUGCAGAAGCUGUAUGAACUGAGCAACGCAAGUCCCUACGAUGAUACGACCUCAUGACCAAGCAUAACCUUCAGCAUUCCCUUGCUUGGCUUUUGCGUACUCGUCAUUCGUUUGAUCACUUGGACCAUGUCACCUCUAUCGUGUCUGGAUUGACACCAGAAGAUGCUACCUCAAGUCCCGACGAGGAAAUGGCCAGACUACAAUUAGCACCACAGAUACAACCACGACCCAAGUUGACAACAACUACACCUCGCAAUAACGUCCUGCCAACUCCCGAUCCCUCAAGAGCCUCCGACGAUCGUGGAUCAAUCCUGCUAUCCACGAAAGCCCGGAAAGUCGAAACCCCAUCGCAAUCCCGAACCCUGCCGCGCCCGCGCCGCACUCCACAAAUCAGCGAUGCGAAAUGGGACGGCUCCGAAAGUAUUCUUGACAUCGACGAGAUCGACCUUACUGGAGACGAUGUAACUACUUCUUCUCUGGGGGAAUUUGGAGAUCCAGUCCAACUAUGGGAGGAGGAUGCCGCAAAACGUUCAGGGCCGAUACACAGCAAAAAGAGUAAGAAGAGAAAGAGCGACGAGUAUCAUGCGGACCUCAGUUCCCCUAUGUCUGCCCCCAGCAAGGCUAAGCGGAGGCAACAUUCGGCAAGCGUCAAUUGUACUACACCGCCGGCUUUGCAUAAUCUAGACAGUCGACCGCCUACUGAUGCUCUUCCCGAGACAGUCUUUGAAGAGUGUUCUGACAACGCCAUGAACUCAGAUCUCGAAGCUCUUCACGAAGCCGAGGUUCUCUUCGAACCCCCAAAGCGACAGGGUAGUCAAGGGUUCGACGACGUGCGACGCCAAGUCACCAGUCAACCAAGGUCACCGAAUAAGAUGGUCGGUCCUGACAACCACGGCCGUUUCAAUGUGACGACAAAGUCACCCGUUCGACUGGAACGGUGGCCUUCGAUCUCGGAAACGCCCUUAAAAACACGAAACGAGCGUUCUCCGUCGCACACCUCAACUCGACUUUACACAAAACUUGAAGCUUCGUCACCAUCGAAACUCUGCUCCCAGCCGCAGAAGGACUCGAGGCCAGGAAACCUUGAUCGUGUCGCAGCCUCUCCACUCAAAAGAACUUCUGGUCUCACCGGAGUCAGUGACAGCCUCACAACGGAGCAGAAACAUAUUGUCAACCGCUUUAUCGCAGAUGGACUCGACCAAUGCCAGGGACUGUUGGAACGUCUGGAGAAGUCGAAGAAAGACAUCCAGAAGAGAAUUGGCGACGAAGUCUGUGCCCAUGGUGCAUAUUCGGAUCACCUACCGCAGAUGCUAGUUUCAAUUGAGCAGAAGCUUGUCUCAGUUAGACAGCUGGUCGAUGAGCACACCGCCAUGUCUCAUCUACUCCAGCAGAGAAAGCAAUUGACCAAGAAACGGGAGGAUCUUGAGGAAUCGGGUUAUAUUCUCAACCCAAUGGAGGAGGGGAACGUACUCAUGGCCUUAUGCAUGGACAUCAACCGCUCAAUGGUGGAGAUGAAAGCCCGCGAACUUUCGAUCUUCAAGCUCCUGGAGAAGGCAGGAGUGUCUACAAACUCAAGCCUGACGGAGAAAUUCCAGGUAUCGCCGUCAAAAGUGUCCUCCGCUAAGCAGAUCCUUGUCGAGUCUACACAAAGACCAGGACUGCACGCCGGGAGAGCGAUACGGGAGGACAAUCAUGUUUCUGCUGAAUACGUUUCAACUCAGUCUGUCGUCCAGACCCCCAGCAGCAAGCAUUUCGAAGGAUCAGAGAGGCGCAAACAGACCCGAUCAACUCAGCCUUCAAGACAAAUAGCCAUGUCUCCCAAUCAAAGUACAACAUCCCGCACGAAGACAAUCAAAAAGUUAGCAGCUGGCGUCGGCGCGUCACCAAGCCGCAAAAACACGAGCUCUCAUCAAGACACUGCAUUGAGCAAAAGUUACUCCAGGAUGAUGGGGUCGCCGCCGAGUGACAACUUCUUCGACGACGUCGAGGACGACGAUUUCGAUUUCGAGUUGGAUGACGAGGAGGAAUUGCUGAAACUAACUGAAGCAAUGGAGCACGGUACAGCCUCGGUACUUACUGAUGUACAACCAGGGCGAAGUGGUCGCGCAGCUCUAUCAGAGGUCAGCGACAACAUCCGGAGACUGUCUCCUGUCAAGAGACCUUCAAAUCAUGCGAGUUCAUCAAAUUCAUCUUUGAUGCAGUUUCCAUGGUCCAAAGAUGUGGGUUCCGCGCUGAAGAAGAAGUUCCACCUACAUGGGUUUCGCCAGAAUCAACUGGAAGCUAUAAAUGCGACACUUGGUGGGAAAGAUGCGUUCGUCCUCAUGCCCACCGGAGGGGGGAAGUCGCUUUGCUAUCAGCUCCCCUCAGUAGUCGAAAGCGGUAAGACACAUGGAGUUACAGUUGUCGUGUCUCCCUUGCUCAGUCUCAUGCAAGAUCAAGUGGACCAUCUGCAGAAGCUACACAUUCAGGCGUUCCUGAUCAAUGGAGAAACAAGCGCGCAACACCGAAAGCAUGUGCUCCAAGCCUUCCAACAUUCUGAACCUCAACGCUUCAUUCAAUUGUUGUACGUGACUCCGGAGAUGCUGAAUAAGAGCGUGGCGAUUGUGGACGGAUUCCUGAAUUUAUAUCAGCGAGGACUUCUAGCCCGAAUCGUGAUUGACGAGGCUCACUGCGUCAGCCAGUGGGGCCACGACUUUCGCCCUGACUACAAGGCACUCGGAGAGAUUCGCAAACAAUUCAAAAAUGUGCCAGUCAUGGCCCUAACGGCUACCGCAACAGAAAACGUCAAGAUGGAUGUUAUCCAGAACCUUGGUAUGGAUAAUGCGGAAGUCUUCAAACAAAGUUUCAACCGUCCAAAUUUGUCCUAUGAGGUUCGACCCAAGGGAACACAAGCACAGGUCCUAGAGGAGAUCGCUCAGCUCAUCGACCAGUCAUACAGUGGGCAGGCGGGAAUCAUCUACUGCCUGUCCAAGAAGAAUUGUGAAACUUUUGCCUCCGCUUUGAGAGAUCAAUUCCAUAUCAAUGCCCGACACUACCAUGCUGGAAUGGCAUCGGCGGAAAGAAUCGACACACAAAAGCGAUGGCAGUCAGGAGAGUUCAAAGUCAUUGUAGCCACCAUUGCCUUUGGUAUGGGCAUCGACAAACCGGACGUUCGUUUUGUCGUCCACCAGACCAUCCCCAAGAGCCUGGAAGGAUACUACCAAGAGACUGGUCGAGCUGGGAGGGAUGGUGCACGAUCCGGCUGUCAUCUUUUCUACAGCUACCGUGACACCAUCACUCUCAAGAAAAUGAUUGAAGACGGCGAAGACGGCAAUUACGAGCAAAAGGAAAGGCAAAAACGCCUACUUCGAAAUGUUAUUCAGUUUUGCGAGAACCGCAGUGACUGCCGUCGAGUCCAGGUCCUCGAGUAUUUCAACGAACACUUUCAGCGUCAAGGCUGCGGGAAAACAUGCGACAAUUGCAACUCUACGGACCGAUUCGAGACCUGCGAUUUCCGGGACCAUGCGAAGAACAUCAUCCAGCUAGUGAGACAAGUCCAGCAGGAAGACGUGACCUUGUUGCAUUGUGUCGAUGUCUACCGCGGGGGAAAGAGCAAAAAGAUCACCGACCUGCGACACGAUCGCCUCAGCCAGUAUGGAUUGGGCGACGCACUGGGAAGGGGAGAUGUUGAGCGUCUCUUCUAUCGCCUCAUGAGUGAAGACGCUCUGGGGUCUAAGCAUGUGAUGAAUAAUGGUGGCUUCCCUACCCAGUAUGUCACCGUGGGCCCAAAAGCCCUCAGGUUCGAACAGUCUCGUGAUCCUUGGGAACUCGACAUCCUCGUGUCCCCUCGAGGGAAAGACAAGGCCAAGAAACCAACCAAGGCGAAGGGCCGAAAGAAUGCCGCCGCCCUCAAGAGUGCACAAGAUGAUUAUCCUGCGUCGACCAACGUAUCCUCACCGGUGCAACCUCGUGCACUGGGGAAGCAACCUCUUCGCAGGCAAGUUCCCGAUUCUUCCGAUGAAGAUGAGGGAGAAGACAGUGAUGGAUUUGCACCUGUUCGAGAAUAUGGAGCUCCGCGUCCGGCUAAGAGAUCUCGCAUCGGUCCAGCGAUUACAAACGAUGAACAGAUUAUGGAUCUGGAUGAGAUCCAUCAAUACAUCCUCGAAGAUUUUGUCGAGAAGGCUCGAUUAGAGCUGGGUAAGAUUCUCAUUGCCAAGAAUCUGAAGCAGAAGCCAGUCUCAGAUAGAGUGCUUCGAGACAUUGCCAUCCAUUUUCCACGUACUGAGGCGGGACUGAAAAAGAUGACUGGAAUGAAUGCAGAAAUGUACAAGAUAUGUGGACCAGCCUUGCUGAGGCUGGUCAAGUCGGCGUAUAAUGAGUAUAAGGCGAUGGUGGAAGUGGAAGCGGACGAUGACCCAAACCAUCGAACCGUGGUAGAGAUCAGCGACGACGAAGUCGACGAGUCCGACUACUUCUCGGAUAGUGACGGGGCUUCUGAAGAUGCCACGGAAAGUAGCCACUAUUUCGGGGUUGGCGAUGACGAUGUCAGCCAAUUCAACGCUAUGAGUCCGUCCCCCCCAUCUGCCACAGCUCAAUUACUGACUCUUUCACAGUGUCUCAAAGGCCCAAUUUCUCUGCUGAGACGGACAAGAAAUCUACGAGCAAGACAAGCAACCGCCCUAGAGGUAGGCCAAGCAGCCAUCGAAGCUCCCGAGGAUCCAAACGCGGAUAUGGAUCUCGUGGGUUUGGGUCCAAAGCCAGGGGCAAAGGCUCCAAUGGAAGUAGUCAACGGAGAAAAGCAUCCUCCAGCAGACCGGCAAGCACAAGCCAUGGAGGGUUGGGAAGGUUUGCCUUUGACAAAGGGAACAAACCCGGUCGAGGUGGUGGUGGCAUUGGGAUGAUGCCUACUUAACGUAUUUGACCCAGAACUGCUGAUGGAUGCUCUAUAAGCAGAUAUUGCAUGAGAUGUUGAGGUUUAUUUGAAGUUGUACCCAGGUAUGUAUGGCUGCAUUCGACAGAGGCCAUACUUCAGUGGGACUACAAACAAGUUUCCCAGUUGGGUCGAAAGACAUACCUUCCUCGAAAUGAAUCCAUUGGAUGCUCCUUCCCUCGAAGCAUAGCAUCCUUCCUCCUUGACUCCUUCCUGAUUCGAUAUCUCAGCUUGAACGUUACCUCACUUCACUUGAUGACACCCAGGACAAUCUCACUUCAUCACCUGCUGCCCUGGACCUCUAGUCCUGGGUACUCUGUUUUCUGACCGACUCCCUCUC